AUGCCUUCAGCCAUUGAUAAUCCAGUUGUGGUGGUGGAGAUAGAACCACAACCACCCCCAGAAGUCUACCAUGGAACACUCAUUUUCGCCAUACCAUUUUUUGUUGAAAAGUCUCAGUCGCCUGUGGAUGGAGUAUUACCUGUGAAUAUUUGGGGUAAUCAUGCUCCCAUCCCAUCCCCAUUUAAGUUUAUUAUCAUCUGUUUAGCUGUUUUUGCAGAAAUGAAGUCGCAAGGAUCUGAAUUUCCUUUCAAAACCCACCCUCUAUCUAUGAAUAUCGCUGGUCUACUCUUUUAUGGUUUGGCUUCAGCAGCCCAAUAUUGGAAAUCCCACGUUCACUUUGUUUGUGAUUGUGAACUAUAA